CAUUUAUGUCACUAUAUUGUCAACUUAUUGUUUGACCAUAACAAUCGGUCGUAUUUAUUGUGGAAUGCAUAGCAUCACUGAUGUUUUAGCAGGUGUGUGUAUUGGAAUUUUAUCGUGGUGGACUCAAUGGGGAUGGCAAAAUAAUAUUGAAGAAUUGAUAUUGAAUGAUAGUUUAUUAGUUCCAAUUGGGAUUAUAUUUAUUGGAAUAUUUACAAUUUAUAUAUUUCCUGAACCAGUAGAUGAUUGUCCAUGCUUUGAAGAUUGUGUUGCAUUUAUUGGUGUUUUGGUAGGAAUGAUUUUUGGAAGUUGGAGACAUGCAAAAUCUUCAUAUAGUCUACAUGGAUCUGGUGUAGCAAAUAUUCCAUAUGAUUAUAAUAUUAUUGGAUUUCCAAUAUCAAUUGCAAGAAUCAUAUUUGAAUCAUCAUCUAAUUCAAAUAUUGAAAUUAAUGAAAAUUUGAAAAAAAAUCUAAAUAAUAAUAAGAAAAAGAGAAUCAAGAAGAAUGACAGGAAAAGUGGAAUAAACAGUGUGACUAAGAAUAAAUCAGUUGUUAUUGUCAAGAAAUUAUCUUUUAGAAAUGAUAUUGAUGUUGCUGUCAAAUUUAUAGUUUAUGCUGGGAUUUUACCUGAGGCACAUUAUGACAAAUUCUUAUCAACAAGAAGUUCAAAAAUAAGACAACUAAUUUUACCUAUAAUUCGUAGCGAGACAAAAUUAUUAACUCGCAUUCAGGGUUCGCUUAGAAAUUCAUUUUUUGAUUGGUAUUUCACCACUUCAGCUUCUUUGGGUAAUCACACAUUUUUUCUGAUAGCUCUUCCAAUAAUAUUUUGGUUUGGAUAUGCACCAUUUGCUAGAGGAUUGACUAUGGUAGUCGGAUUGGGAGUUGUUUGGAGUGGAUAUGUAAAAGAUAUGUUAUGUCUCCCACGUCCGCUAUCACCUCCAAUUCAACGUCUGACAGUUUCAGGAACUUUGCACUUAGAAUAUGGGUUUCCAUCAACUCACACCACAAAUGCAGUCUCAAUAACACUUUAUUUUUUAUCAUUUAUAUUUUCAGUUGACGAAGGAAAAGCUGUCAUGGAGAUGGUAGAAGAAGAUGGGUUCUAUAAUGUAUUAAUAAAAAGCAUUUAUGUCACUAUAUUGUCAACUUAUUGUUUGACCAUAACAAUCGGUCGUAUUUAUUGUGGAAUGCAUAGCAUCACUGAUGUUUUAGCAGGUGUGUGUAUUGGAAUUUUAUCGUGGUGGACUCAAUGGGGAUGGCAAAAUAAUAUUGAAGAAUUGAUAUUGAAUGAUAGUUUAUUAGUUCCAAUUGGGAUUAUAUUUAUUGGAAUAUUUACAAUUUAUAUAUUUCCUGAACCAGUAGAUGAUUGUCCAUGCUUUGAAGAUUGUGUUGCAUUUAUUGGUGUUUUGGUAGGAAUGAUUUUUGGAAGUUGGAGACAUGCAAAAUCUUCAUAUAGUCUACAUGGAUCUGGUGUAGCAAAUAUUCCAUAUGAUUAUAAUAUUAUUGGAUUUCCAAUAUCAAUUGCAAGAAUCAUAUUUGAAUCAUCAUCUAAUUCAAAUAUUGAAAUUAAUGAAAAUUUGAAAAAAAAUCUAAAUAAUAAUAAGAAAAAGAGAAUCAAGAAGAAUGACAGGAAAAGUGGAAUAAACAGUGUGACUAAGAAUAAAUCAGUUGUUAUUGUCAAGAAAUUAUCUUUUAGAAAUGAUAUUGAUGUUGCUGUCAAAUUUAUAGUUUAUGCUGUGGUUGAUUUAAUUCCAAUCUUAUUUGAAAUGUUAGGAAUGGGAAUUGGAAUUAAAAAAGAUAUUGGAUAG